AUGGCGAGCAAAAGACCGAAGCUAAGAUGGGACGUUCCAAUGCGCCAAGCUCUUUGUUGUCUGUACCGGUUUUUCCGAUGCAACAAGAAACAGAAAGAGGAGAUAUUCUUCGCGAUGUUCCGCGAAAAUCUGAGAAAACAUGGAAUUCAUCAAUUUGUUCCAGGUAAAACCCUCCACACACAGUGGAAUUGGAUGAGAAACACUGGCGAUCUUAUCUGGUCGCAUGUCCAUCGGAACACUGAGUUCAACAUGGACGGAGAAUGGAGGGAUGUCAUCCAACGCAUCAAGUCCACUGCAUUGACCCUACGUCUCCCUCUUAUCGAGAAGACAGAGGAUGACAUCGACACUGCUCAAUGGGGCACGCGAGUGGCAAUGACCUUGAGACAGAGAGCUGAUUCCCCCCCGCAGACCCCCCGCCCCAUAUCGUUUCCACUGCACCAGCGAAGAGCGGAGGAAAGAAGCCACUAUUUUGCCGAAAGUGAUGAUCAAUCAAGUGAGAGUAUCACAAUGAGUGUCGACAAGAGUCAGGAAUGGGCCGAUGAGCCGGGACAUAUCAUCACUCUGGAGAACAAUGAGGCUGUUGUUAUUAGUCAUGGCAAGACGUGUAUCUGGUGCGAGCAUGGAUUGGCAAUUGAUGAGACAGAUGGGCCCGAUGACUGGACCCAGCCUACUCAUCUUGACCAACCCAAAAUCCCCGACGAAAACCAGUCCCAGAAUUGCCAAGGGCACCAAGAUUGGGGCCAACAGGAUUAUCCCCAAGGCCAACAGCUUCAAGAAUCACAUCGAGAACAGCAAGAUCAAGACCGAGAUCAACAACAAGAACACCAAGGCUGCAGCCGCCACCACCAUGGCCAGCAAGACUAUCACCACGACCAUGAGCUGGCCAUGAAAGGAGUUCCCGCCGACAAAAUGCCACCGUUGCUGUUUCGGUGGUCAAACCGUGGCUCGCAAGGAGUCAACUCGAAGACCGGUUUUCUAGCGGGGCUUUUCUGCAACGGUGAAUGGUUUGACCAUGAAGACUUCCCUAAGGACCGUUUCGAGAGCUUCUUUCGAAGCCAUGUCACCAAAGAAAAAGUCAAAACGCCAUUCAUUUCCACCUCGCAUUCUCCUUUGGCACCACUUCACCGUGCCAUUGCUAAUCAAAAUAGCGCCAUGCUGACCGUCAUUGACACCUCGAAGCUAGAAACAAAAGUAUUCUAUGCCCAUCCCCUUGCGAUUCGGACUAGGACUUUCACCUACAGCUGGAAAGGAUAUGGAGAAUACCUCAUCUGGGGCCGUAUCCCACUUGAAGCAAUUGCUUUCAGCGUGGAAAUCACAAGUCUCGAGACAAUCGUACAGUCCCACCCUGAUGUCGCUCGCUUGCUGCAAACCGCUCUUAUCCGUAGCUUUCUACGCUGCAAUAAGAAGUUGAGAGACAUGCUGGCGGUAAAAAGAAAGUCGCCUUUUCAGUCCGGUCGAACACUUGGAAAGUUGUUGACUAUUCUUGACGUUCCAACGAUCCACUGGGACAACAUAGCAUCUAGAUUUGCCAAAUCAUGGGGUUGGAAAUAUGCGAAAGAGACCGCUCUGUUUCACAGUGGUCUUCGAAGUGCACCACCUUACCUGUCCGAGGAAUUGUCAGAUUCUGAAAGUGAGGUUCCAUGGCCGACACCCCAAAAGACGCCUGUGACAACUUCCCGAGGUAUGCCAUUUUCAACUGACUGCAUUUCUGAUGUAGACUACGAACCGCCCGAGACCGACCAAGACUCGGGAUGGACCUCAGAGUCGGAAUACAUGGACGAGUCUCGAUCAAUAACGAUCUGCGAUAUGAGCGAGACAUCAGAUGAUGGAAAGUUCUCAACACAUGAGACGCUGUCUAGUGGGAUGUUCCCCGAAAACGAUUCUCCCGAACCCUCCUCGGGACCGGUACAUCAUCAAGAGAUAAUUGACCUCAGCUCGGACAACGAGGAUACUAGUUCUCAGCGGGCAUUGCAACGGGACUGGCCGUCUGACGAUGAAUAUAUGUACCCCGACACCCCCACGAAAACCAGGGGAAGGAUCCCAUUGCAAUCGGGACGAAGGACAACCGACAAUUUUGUCCUAAAUGGGUCUACGGAUAUGGACUUUUUUGAGAAAGUCCGAAAGUGGGUUCAUCAUGAAAACUGA